GUGAUGUUGUGACGUCAGCAGGUCCUUUCCGGGUAUAGUAUUUAGCCAGAACCGUGAAUUAACGUGGAGAGCCGGGAGGCGAUCAGAAGAUCGAGCAUCCGUCCUGGAGCGCCCCUGCUGCUGACACGUCACAUUCCGCCGCCAUCAUGAUUAAAGCCAUCCUCAUCUUCAAUAACCACGGCAAGCCGCGGCUGUGCAAGUUCUACCAGCACUACAGUGAAGACAUACAACAGCAGAUCAUCAGAGAAACAUUCCAUCUCGUGUCUAAAAGAGAUGAGAACGUCUGCAACUUCUUAGAAGGAGGAUUGUUAAUAGGAGGAUCUGACAACAAGCUCAUAUAUCGACACUAUGCAACACUGUACUUCGUCUUCUGUGUGGAUUCCUCGGAGAGUGAACUUGGAAUUUUAGAUCUCAUACAGGUGUUUGUGGAAACCCUGGACAAGUGCUUUGAAAACGUCUGUGAAUUGGAUUUAAUUUUCCAUGUAGAUAAGGUGCACAACAUACUUGCAGAAAUGGUGAUGGGAGGUAUGGUUCUAGAAACCAACAUGAAUGAAAUUGUAACUCAGAUCGACGCUCAGACAAAAUUGGAAAAAUCUGAGGCGGGAUUUGCAGGUGCUCCAGCACGGGCAGUGUCUGCCGUAAAGAAUAUGAACCUUCCAGAGAUCCCAAGAAACAUUAAUAUUGGUGACAUCAGUAUAAAAGUACCAAACUUGCCUUCUUUUAAAUAGCAUUCCUUUGUACUUUUUUUUUCAAGCUGAGAUAUGUUUACCAAAAGAAAAUACAUCUAAGUGAAGGAACUGCUAGGGUUGGAUGUGAAUGUUGCCCUUUACUUAAGGCUACUUUCACACUAGCGUUCGGGCGGAUCCGUUCUGAACGGAUCCGCUCAUAAUAAUGCAGACGGAGGCUCCGUUCAGAACGGAUCCGUCUGCAUUAUAUUAGCAAAAAAAAGCUAAG